GGAAGAAGAGGAGCUAGGCGGAGGAGGGAGGGAGCGAGGGUGUUGCUGCUGCCUCAGGGCUCGUUACUCGUUAGUGCAGUUAUUGCUACCACUGUGCAUACUCGCUCUAAUGGAGAGGAUGCAACUGCAAGGGCCCAUCGCCUCCUCGCUGGGGGUGGACCAGCAGGUGGCCAGCACCAGCGCCAGCGCUGCGGCGCAUAUGCCCUUCUUGGCGCUGCUCCAGGGCGGCAUGGCGGAGAACGCCGACGGGCGCAAGAGGAGCGCCUUCGCGUGCGCCGCCGCCGACCUCGACCUGCUCGAGAGCUGCGUCACGCAGGUGGCGGCGGUCCCUGUGACGUCUGCGCCGGCGACCAGGGCGGAGAGGAAGAGGAAGCGGCCGAGGCAGCGCGCCGCGCCGAUGGCGAAGAAGUGCAAGAAGCCGGAGGAGGCUGAGAGCCAGCGGAUGACGCACAUUGCAGUGGAGCGCAACCGACGCCGCCUCAUGAACGACCAGCUCGCCUACCUCCGCUCCCUCAUCCCCUCCAGCUACAUUCCCCGCGGUGAUCAGGCAACGGUUGUGGGGGGAGCGAUCGACUACGUGAAGCAGCUCGAGCAGCAGCUGCUGGCGCUGCAGGCGGCGGCGGCCGCGCGUCGCGGGGCCGGCGUGGUGGCUUCGGCGGCCUCGGCCGCGUCUGACGGCUUGUUCGUGUCGCCGCAGUACACGAGCUACUCGGAGGCGCGCGGCUGCGGCGGCGUGAACGUGGAGGCGAUGGCCGCGGUGGGGGGCCACGUGCGCGUGCGCGUCGCGGGGAGGCGGUGGCCCGGGCGGCUCGUGCGCGCGGUCGCCGCCAUGGAGGACCUCCGGCUCGCGGUCUUGCACCUCGCCGUCACCUCCGUUGGACAUGACGCCGUCGUGUACUGUUUCAACCUUAAGAUGGAGGAAGGGUGCGAGGUGGCGACGGCGGACGAGGUGGCGACGGUGGUGCACCAGAUCUUCGCCUACUGCUGACGCCGACGGCACCCGAGCACGGGCAACUCGUAGCGGCAACGACGGACGGACAGAGGAUGGUCAUCAGAGGAGAUGCGGACAUGAGCUAAGCUAGGGGACCAAGCAUGACAGGGGCCGCGCCCAUGGCAACGGCUGCAUGCAGUGGUCUAUGCAGGGUAGGCUCACUGAGCUAAGAUCUGAUGAGACCUCCAUUGUAACUUGACUGUUGUUUACUUGGCUGCCACAACCAGCAGAAAGGUGAAGAGCACAACAGUUUAGGAGUAUUUUUGUCUUUUUUUUUAGAGCUUGCAGUGAGUGAUGGGUUAUGAGAAACUAAGUUGAAAUGUAAUUUUGUUCAUAUGUGAUGAGAGAUUGAUAAAUUUGUGUGUAUUUGGUUUGA